AUGGAGAAGCUUCGCUAUCUCAAAUAUCUGAAUCUUUCUCUCAACAUGCUAAGUGGCAAAGUUCCAACUGGAGGCCCCUUUGGAAACUUCACUGAUCGAUCUUUCGUGGGAAACGGUGAACUGUGUGGUGUUUCGAAACUCAAACUCCGAGCUUGCCCAACAGAUUCUGGCCCGAAAUCUAGGAAGGUAACAUUUUGGCUCAAAUAUGUCGGCCUUCCCAUUGCUUCAGUAGUAGUAUUGGUUGCUUUCCUGAUUAUCAUUAUAAAGCGUCGAGGGAAGAAGAAGCAGGAAGCCCCCUCUUGGGUUCAAUUCUCAGACGGUGUAGCGCCCAGAUUGAUUCCAUAUCAUGAGCUCCUUUCUGCUACCAACAACUUUUGUGAAACAAACCUGCUUGGAGUUGGGAGUUUUGGGUCUGUAUACAAAGGAACUCUCUCAGACAAUACAAUUGCUGCCGUGAAAGUUUUGGAUUUGCAGGUGGAGGGGGCAUUGAAAUCUUUCGACGCGGAAUGUGAAGUUCUGAGGAAUGUUAGACAUAGAAAUCUCGUAAAAAUCAUAAGCUCUUGCAGUAAUCUUGAUUUUAGAGCUUUGGUUCUUCAGUACAUGCCUAAUGGGAGCCUAGAGAGGAUGCUGUAUUCUUACAACUACUUCUUAGAUCUCCCCCAGAGGCUCAACAUCAUGAUAGACGUGGCAACAGCAGUUGAGUAUCUUCACCAUGGUUAUUCAGAGACUGUAGUGCACUGCGAUUUGAAGCCAAGCAAUGUCCUUCUCGACGAAGAAAUGGUCGCACAUGUGAAUGACUUUGGCAUCGCAAAAAUUUUCGCCAAAUACAAAUCCAUGACACAAACAGCAACCGCGGGCACAAUGGGCUACAUUGCACCAGAGUAUGGUUCUGAAGGAAGAGUGUCAACUAAGGGAGAUGUCUAUAGCUACGGUAUCAUGCUGAUGGAAACAUUCACCAGAAAGAAACCAACUCAUGAAAUGUUUGUAGGAGGAUUAAGCUUGAGGCAAUGGGUGGAUUCUUCUUUUCCUGAUCCGAUAAUGGAGGUUGUCGAUGCUAAUCUGGUGGCACGAGACCAAAAUAACUCAAAUGGGAAUCUCCAAACUUGUCUCCUUUCCAUAAUGGGUUUGGGCUUGCAGUGUUCCUUGGAUUCACCGGAGCAAAGGCUCGAUAUGAAAGAAGUUGUGGUUAGACUAUCAAAGAUCAGACAACAAUAUAUCAGCCAGAUGUAA